CUGUCUGAUGUCUGUAGGAUAAAAAGUUUUGUUUGUAUUGUUGGUAUUGGUAUGUAUGACUGAAUCUGUCACUGUAUUCAAGAAGGGUCAUACAUACAACUCAUCAAAAGUUAGGUGUAUGGUUAAAAUAAACAUGCAACGUCUAAAAUAAGUUUUAUUUUGGAUAUUGUAUAUUUAAAUACUUUUUUAUUUAAUAAUAAAAUAAUAUAUUUUUAUGUGUAACGUGUAAUAUUAUAAUCUCGAAAAAGAUGAUUUAAAUGUUCCCGCAAUUAAGUUCUAUCGUGCGCCACCUUUCGCCUGUAGAUUUCUAUUAAAAUCAGUGGUGUCCCUUAAUGCAUUUUUUAAUGUUGAUGCUGAUCCCAUCCGAACUAAUUAAGUUUGUAAAGAAGGAAAUAGAGCUUAUGCACCACAGUUUGUAAAUAAUAAAGUGCUUUGUAAGACGAUGGCCGUACCUAGUAGAGCUAGAGUAUAUUCUGAUGUAAAUUCACAUAAGCCAAGAGAAUACUGGGACUAUGAAAGUUAUGUUGUCGAUUGGGGUCAACAAGAUGACUAUCAAUUGGUGAGAAAGCUAGGAAGAGGAAAAUAUAGUGAAGUGUUCGAAGCUAUCAAUGUAACAAAUAAUGAAAAAUGUGUAGUUAAAAUUUUAAAGCCUGUUAAAAAGAAGAAAAUAAAAAGAGAAAUAAAAAUUUUAGAAAAUCUAAGGGGAGGUACAAAUAUAAUCACUCUAGAAGCUGUCGUCAAGGAUCCUGUGUCCAGGACUCCUGCUUUAAUAUUUGAACAUGUCAAUAAUACUGAUUUUAAGCAGCUUUAUCAAACUCUGACAGAUUUUGACAUCCGUUAUUACUUGUAUGAAUUAUUGAAAGCAUUGGAUUACUGUCACAGUAUGGGUAUUAUGCAUAGGGACGUAAAACCACAUAAUGUAAUGAUUGAUCAUGAAAAUAGGAAAUUGCGACUAAUAGAUUGGGGAUUAGCAGAAUUUUAUCAUCCCGGACAGGAAUAUAAUGUUAGGGUAGCUUCAAGGUAUUUUAAAGGACCUGAACUCCUUGUAGACUAUCAGAUGUAUGAUUAUUCCCUUGAUAUGUGGUCUUUGGGCUGUAUGCUAGCAUCUAUGAUUUUCCGAAAGGAACCCUUUUUUCAUGGUCAUGAUAAUUAUGAUCAAUUAGUCCGCAUAGCCAAAGUCCUAGGUACUGAAGAGCUUUUUGAAUAUCUUGAUAAAUAUCAUAUAGAGCUAGACCCUAGAUUCAACGAUAUUUUAGGAAGACAUUCGAGGAAAAGAUGGGAAAGAUUUGUUCAUAGCGAGAAUCAGCAUUUAGUAUCACCCGAAGCUUUAGAUUUUUUGGAUAAACUGUUACGUUAUGAUCAUUUAGAACGCCUUACAGCACGUGAUGCGAUGGAUCAUUCAUAUUUCUAUCCCGUGGUAAAAGAGCAGUGCAGGAUGCUGUCUACGGUGUCAUCGUCCCCUACUCCUUUGACAGGAGUAGGUGAGUAGCGUGCAUAACAGUGAAGAACCUUAUCAUUUCAUGUGCUGUCAAAUUUGCCAUACACCAUCCAAUAUUUUUUUCCAAGAUGAUGUAAUUUUCUCUCUGCAGCGAUGAUCCUACAUAUAUUUCCAUUAUGUAUAAAUAUUUUUUGUAUGGUUGAAAAUAAUUUCAAAUAACUGGCGUUCUUUACUUUAUGUUUAACUUAUUUCACUAAAUUGGCUGCAAAGGUAAACAUAAUAUGUUUAAGGUUAGAUAUAGUUGUUACCAUUUACUAACGAAAGUUAUUUGAAAUUCUUUUUCUCUGGGUAUUGUUACAACGUUGUAUCUUAUUUAAUACAAUUUUCUUUUGUAAUUCUGAUGGAAAUUAUUAGCAGCUAAAAUUACAGUUUGCGCAUACUUGAUGAGUCAUUUAUGGAGACCUGAGAAUCAUAAAGUCAGCCCUACCUUUAGUGUAAUUAUUUUUAACUCACAAAUAAAACAUUCCUUUUUUAAUUAUUUUUGUUGUACCCAAUUUAUUUCAAAGUACAACUAAUCAAAAUUGAUUCUAUGGUUUGGUGGUGGAGAAAAAAAUAAUAUUCUACAGUCCCUAAAUCUAACAGUCUAUCCUAAAGUAUCUAUAAUCCCCAGGUCGACUCAGCCUGAAUAAAAUAAGCAUUUUGGGUAAAACUAGGGGUAAUAAGAGGCAGUUAACUCAAGUUUGACAUUAAGUCAGUAUCAUAUUAAAUAUGAUUUUAUUUGGGUCGUCUGCAUGACAUGUUAUUUAAUUUAAUACUAUAGAUUAAGAGCCGCUAUAGGUGAAAUUUCUUAAUCAUUUUAGGCACGAUGGGACCCUAUAACUUAAAUAGUAGAACCUAAAAGAAAAUGUUUGAACACUGUGCCGUCACUUUUCAGUGGCACAUGCGUCGACAGUGGCGCAUCAAACUUUCCACUUCUGGACGGGAUAAAUAAAUUAAAAGUUACCCUCCCUUACUAACAGAAUAAAUUUUUUUUAUUUUUUAAGUUCUAUGUGAUUAACACAUAAAAUUCAGCGUAAUUUUAACCCACCACCCCCUUCCCCCUACCCCCACCCUCAAAAACUUCAUUUUUCGUUUUUAUUUUUUUUUGGUGGGAUGCAAUCAAUUUUAAAAUUUCAAAAAAUUCACAAGCAUAGCUGAGGAUUUUAUAAAACAUGCCUAUUUUUUAUAGACCCAUAGGCAGAGUGUACAUAACCUCAAAACAUUUAAAAAAAAAAAUUUUUCAAAAAAGCGUAUAACUUUUUUUGAUUAAUAGCUACAGGUCUAAUUUUUUCUUAAUUUUGUGUGUUUUAUCAAACACUAUAUUUUUAAUUUUUUUCAGAUUUUUCUGUAAGGCUCCCCACCUUUAAAAUCCAAAAAACUGUUUUUUGGGGGGUUUUGGGGGAUUUUCCCUAUUUUAUAGACUUCAUAAUAUAUCAAAUCAAUUUUGAUUUUAUAGGUUAUAUGUAACUUGAAGUAAGUGAGUCCUUUAGAAUAUUUAAAAAUCAAAAAAACACGUUCAAAACCCCCUUAAAAAACAGUUUUUUGGAUUUUUAAAGGUGGCCAGCGUUACAGAAAAAUCUGAAAAAAAUUAGAAAUAUAGUGUUUGAUAAAAUAUACAAGACUAAGAAAAAAUUAGAUCUGCAGCUGUCUCCAAAAAAAGUUAUAUACUUUUUUCCAAAAAAAAAAAAAAUUUAAAAAUUUUUUUGAGGUUAUGUACACUCAACCUACAGGUCUAUAAAAAAUAGACGUGUUUUAUGAAAGCCUUAGCUAUGCUUGUGAAUUUUUUGAAAUUUUAAAAUUGAUUGCAUCCCACAAAAAAAAAUAAAAUCGAAAAAUAAAGUUUAUGAUGGUGGGGGCAGGGGGAAGGGGGUGGUGGGUUAAAAUUACGAUGAAUCUUAUGUCUUAAUCACAUAGAACUUAAAAAAAUGAAAAAAAUGAAAUUCUGGUAAUAAGGGAGGGUAUUUUUUAAUUUAUGUAUCCCGUCCAUAAGUGGAAAGUUUGAUGCGCCACUGUCGACGCAUGUGCCACUGGAAAGUGACGGCACAGUGCUCAAUUGUUUUCUUUUAGGUUCUACUAUUUAACUUGUAGGGUCCCGUCGUGCCUAAAAUGAUUAAGAAAUUUCACCUAUAGCGGCUCCUAGUCUACUACUCAUUUGUAUAUGAACUGUUUUGCAAAAAUGCAAAUAUUCAGUGUGAGUUAAAAAAGUCACUGAAGCUGGGCUAAUAUGAAAUUAAUAUAAAGAUAUAAGUUAGCUGAUAUGUUUAUUAUUUCUAGUGAUAUAAGCCCUGUAACAUAUGAAAUGCAUACCAUAGUACUAUAAUUUUACUUUUCUGACAUGUAAGUAGAUGGUGUGAUGUGACUCACUGUAAUUUUUUUUAAAUUAAUUCAAAUCAACUGUUAAACAAUUAUUUUGUUUCAUAAAAACUGGCACUGGGCCACCCAAUCAAACUAUCUUUACUUACAAUCAAUCCUAUUUGUUGAACUUCUAAUGUUCUAAUGAACUAUCUUCGAACAUAAAAUCUAAUAAGGGGACUAAGAGACUUAUUAAUAUUCAGUUCAGCGGGAUGGCAUUGUAGGCGUGAAGUAUACAGGGUGAUUGUUAAGUGUGAGGAAGCUCAGUAGAUCUGUUACAGUAAAAAUAAAAAAAAAAAGUUAUUGACAAAAAUUGUAGGCAGCUUUAAACUCCACAUUUUAAAAGUAGUUACAAUCUUACAGGGUGUUCCAUAAGAUGGUGGCAGACCAAACUUAUUUUUUUUUAAUGGAACACCCUGUAUUUUACUUUAAAUUUGAAAUCUGCUUCACUUCCACAUCACAACAAUGUAAAGUUUUAUUAUGUUAUACCGGGUAUUUAAAAAGUUAUAACCAAUAUUACCUGAAAAUCGUAUCAAGUUUAACUCCCUGUAUAAUUAAGAAGGAGUAUAGGAACAUUGAUCUAUUGCAACCAUAGUUUUUUAAUAAUUGUUAAAAAUUAUAAAAUAUAUUCGUUAUAUUAUUCGUUAUAUAGUAAUAAUAUUCGUUAUAUCAAAUACAGGGUAAGUCAAAAUGCAAGUACAUUAUUUUCUUGGUAAUUUUAAAUGGAACACCCUGUAUUUUAUAUCUCUAUCGAAAAGUACUACUAUCGUACUUCAAAUUUUAUGAAGUACUCCCUAUACCUAAAGUUAUCAGUUUUCUAGAUAUUUUUAUUUUUCCAUUAAAGUAUUAAUUUGGUAGAUAUUUUAACGUUUACCAAUAAUUAUUGUGAGUUGGCCAUGAUUGAUUUGUCAGAAACUGACAGUUUGACAUUAUUGUUUAUUAAUUCAGUAUUGGGGCACACCGUAAAUUAGCAACAAUUAUUAUUUAGUAAUUCAGUAAUUAAUUCAAUUUAAAUUAGCAAUAAUGAAUUUUACUACUGAUGAAAUGGUAGAUAUGAUCUGGAUUUUGGGGGAAUUCAAUAAAAAUUCAUUACUAUCAGCUAGAAUUUAUCAAGAACGGUUUUCAGAUAGGCGGCAACCUUGACAAGAUACAUUUGAAAAAUUGAAAGAUCGAUUUAACCGCACUGGUUCAGUGAAUUAUGAAAAACAUGAACGAACAAAAACUAGUGUGACAGAGGAAAACGAAAUGAGUGUGUUGAUGGCAGUUACAGAAAACCCACACACAAGUAUAAGGAGUAUUUCCAAUGAACAAGAACUUAGUUACUACUCUCUUCAAAACAUUCCAUCUAAAAACAAGAUGCACCCUUAUAUUCAAAAGCACCAAGAAUUAAAUAAUAAUGCUUUUCAGAAACGAAUAGCAUUUUGUUAAUGGGCCUUAGAAAAAAUUAAUGAGCAGAGAGAUUUUUCUGAUUAUGUCCUAUUUGGUGAUGAAGUUACAUUCCAUCGAAACGGUUCUGUUAAUAGGCAUACCUUUCACUACUAUUCAACAAGUAAUCCAUACACAAGUCAAACAAGUUGGUCUCUAAAUGUGUGGGGAGGUAUCGUCGGUAACCAUGUAGUAGGACCAUAUUUUUUUGAAGGUAACUUAUAUGGUGAGAUUUAUUUAGAUUUUAUCGUAAAUCAGUUACCGAUAUUAUUAGAAGAGGUUCCACUUAAUAUACGUGAACAAAUGUGGUUUCUACAUGACGGUGCUCCUGCGCACCACAACGAAUUAGUACGUGGUGAACUUAAUGAUCAGUUUGGUGAAAGAUGGAUCGGAAGGGAUGGACCGGUAAGGUGGCCCCCCAUGGUCACCAGAUUUAAAUAAAAUGGACUCAUUUUUUUGGGGUUGCGUUAAGAACGAAGUAUAUAAAAUACCUCCAACAACAAGGGCUGAUAUGAAAAAUAGAAUCCGAAUUGCAUUUCAAAAUAUUUCUUUACAAAUAAUGCUUAGUAAUGUAAGCAACUCUUUCAAUGACCGCUUUCAAGUGUGCAUAGAUAUUUUGGGAGGUCAUUUUGAACACCUUACUUAAGUAAGAUAAGUUAAAAUUACUGUCGUUUUCUUUUUUUCUGUGUUAUUUUUUUUAUUUUCCGUCGGUUAUUUUUUAUAAAUUUUAUUUGAAAUAAAUUGUUUUCUUUUCUGUGUCGUUAUUUCGUUCCUGAAUUAAUAAACCGUAAUGUCAAACUGUCAGUUUCUGACAAAUCAAUCAUGGCCAACUCACAAUAAUUAUUGGUAAACGUUAAAAUAUCUACCAAAUUAAUACUUUGAUGGAAAAAUAAAAAUAUCUAGAAAACUGAUAACUUUAGGUAUAGGGAGUAGAAAAUACAAGGUGUUCCAUUUAAAAUUACCAAGAAAAUAAUGUACUUGCAUUUUGACUUACCCCGUAUUUGAUUUAACGAAUAUGUUUUAUAAUUUUUAACAAUUAUUAAAAAACUAUGGUUGCAAUAGAUCAAUGUUCCUAUACUCCUUUUUAAUUAUACAAGGAGUUAAACUUGAUACGAUUUUCAGGUAAUAUUGGUUAUAACUUUUUAAAUAUCCGGUAUAACAUAAUAAAACUUUACAUUGUUGUGAUGUGGAAGUGAAGCAGAUUUCAAAUUUAAAAUUAAAUAUGGGUGUUCCAUUUAAAAAAACAUAAGUUUGGUCUGUCACCAUCUUAUGGAACACCCUGUAAGAUUGUAACUAAUUUUAAAAUGUGGAGUUUAAAGAUGCCUACAAUUUUUGUCAAUAACUUUUUUUUGUAAUUUUAACUAUAACAGAUCUACUGAGCUUCAUCACACUAAUCAAUCACCCUGUAUACACAAUGGAUAAUUUCAUGAAACAGGUAAAUCCCUGGUUUAUGGAAUUUCACACCUCGAAAAAUAGCACGCAGCUCAGCUGAAUAUUAGUGAGUCUCUUAGUUCCCUUGUUCGACUAUAAACAUUGUACGGAUGUUCACGAAAUUAUAACUUGUAUCGUCAAAAACUUGCUUUGCUUCUGAAAUAACAUUAAAAGUGACAGUACAUGGAAAUUAUUCCUUUACAUUAUAAAUUACAAUUUCAUUAGUGCAUUAUAUUACAAUGCACAGUAUAAGUGGAGAUUCAACAUUCUCUUUGUUUAAGAUGCGCUGUAAGUUCUAUAGUCAACGACACAUAGAUACUAAAAUAUUACAUUAUUUCCUAAAUUCAUACAAUAAAAGACUUAAUAAAUUUUAUUUUCUCUACUGAUAAAUUGAAUUGUGAUUGAAUUAAAGAACACUGGUUUUUGACGUUGCUAGUAUGUGAUAGUAAUAAGAAAGUCACAUAGUAUAUAAUUUAUAAGUAGUUAAAUUUAUUUAUAAUUAAUUUAAAGCUAGGCAAUUAUACAUAUUUAUAUUGAUUUAUAUACGCGCUAAAAUUGUAUUUUAGCCUUGGCAUUCAAUUUUAUAUGGUUGGUGAACAUACUUUUGCCUUACUCAGUGCAUGAUUAAAGUCUCAACUUAUAACACUCAAUUUAUGAUCUCGAAUCAAGGUCAUUCAAUAUUUUAUAUUAUCCCCUUUGAUAUAUGUAUAUUUGAAUAUUCUCUGAAAGCCCCCGUUGAUAUAUAUGUAUAUAUGAAUAUUCUGACAGUCCACUUUGAUAUAUAUGUAUAUUUGAUAUAUUUAUUGGAAUAUUUAUGUGAUCGUAUGUUAAAAACUUAAAUAAAAAUAUGGAUGAUGACACCUUAAUAAUACGCAAGAAUUUAGCAAAUAUAGAAAGAAUAAUAAUUCAUUGCAGUGGAGAUAUGGACUCCUACCUAACAUCAAAAAACCCAAGUUCGAAAUAAAUGUUAGAAUUGCUUCGCCCGUGCAAUGAUGACAAUGCCGAAGAUUAUUUGUUGCAGAGAUUUGACAUUAGCCCUAAAAAUACGAUUGGCCAAAUGUUACAGUUUGUUAAAAUUUAGUCUAAUCAUGAAUGUCUAAGCUUACAGGAAAAAGUAGAAGAAAAACGAUGACUAGAAAGGCGAAAGAUUUCCUGACUGAAAAAUAUACGUACGUGGUUCAACACAACAACCACAAAUCUUUUCAGAGCAGCAGUGUGCAAAGUAAAUAUUGCCAUGAUGGUCGCCAACAUCCAAAACGGAUACACUACAAGAAGAUGAAUGCUGAAUCGAAAGGCGAUCAAAAGAUUUGAUUGGAAUCAUUUGAUAUUUGGACAUAUAGUGGAUUCUGAAGAUCUUAUGGAUAUAUCACAUUUACGAACGUUGAAAUGUUUCAAGGUGCUACCAUACCACAUGUUCCGAAGCAUAUAAUGGAAGUGCUUUUCAGUGAGUAGAGCAGCACCUUAAGCAUAAAGAAAUAAAAAGAUGUUUGAACCAAAAAUGAAAUGGAAUAAAGUUCAGAAGUGGAGUUGAAUCGUCACACACUCCGAAAAAAUAGUUCCAGUAUUGCAAAGACUGCCCUAGAGUGGAAUCCCCAAGGAAAAAGAGGUCGCCCAGCACAAACUUGGAGGAGAUCCAUCAUGGAUGAGAUAAGAAGUCGAGGAAAGUCUUGGAAUGAAGCGAAGGCCUCAGCGCAAAAUAGAACCCGAUGGCGCGUUUUCACUGAAACUCUAUGCUCCACUGAGGGGUUCAAGAACCUUAUACAUAUGAGCCAAGACAUUCUUCAGAACAAUCCAACAUUAUCCCCUGUCUCUGGCAACUCAAUUUUCCUCUGGCUCGUUGUCCAAUCGGCCCCCUCUUCGGCCAAAAACUUUUCUGACUGUUGCACCUUCCUCUUGCCUGAUUGGCAAGGCGGGGAGAAAAAGAUAUAAUAUAUCUUUUUCUAUAUAAUAUAUUGUAUUAUAUAUUGCGUAUUUCUGAUUAUUCUAAUUACGAAUUUAAUUUAAUACCUGUAACGAAACAACUGUCUAUAAUUUAUAAUAUCAUACUGUAUAUUUUUUCAUUUUUGGCGGUUUACACCCGUUAAACAAAAUAUAUUAUUAUCAUUAUCGAUACAUUGGGUUUUGUACAAAGUUGUUUACCAGAAAAACAAAAGCGUCAAUCGUAUUUAUAUAUCAUAUCAUUUUUUCAUUAUUUUCACGAGCUGUCAAAGUUACUCCUAUACAUACGCAAUUCUCAAUUCACGUCAUAUUUGUCGUCAUUUUUGUUAUCUGGUAUAAAAAAAACGCUAAGAUGAAUCACGUUUUAUUAGCAAAUUACAAUUUACAUUUCAUGGGUGCAUAGUAUUAAUGAGAUUUAAGUCAAUGUUAUGAGUUUAUGUGCAAAGGUACUACGACAAGCAGAAAGAAGAUAGACGUCACUGAAAUGGUCUGUUGUAGAAGAAUGUUUCGAAUUCUGUGAGGCGACCACAGGACAAAUAAAUGUUAAAUGAGUAAAAAAUAGUUCAAGUAUUACCAAGACUGCCCUAGAGUGAAAUCCCCAGGAAAAAGAAAAAGAUGUCACCCAGCUAAACUUAGAGAAGAUCCAUCAUGGACGAGAUAAGAAGUCAAGGAAAGUCUUGGAGUGAGAUGAAGGCCUAAGCGCGAAAUAAAACCCGAUGGCGCAUUUUCACUGAAGCUUCGGAGUUCAAGAUCAUUAUGAGUCAAAGGUCAGCAAAUGGCUCUCAAGCAAAGUUCAUCUCCGGCAAUUAAAAUACUUUGGACAUAUUAGAGAGCAGACAGAAACAUGGAAAUACUAAUUAUCCAAGAAAAGGUAAAAAUACGAAAAUCACUAGGAAGAUCCCAACAAGAUGGAUCUGCCAAAUUACAGGAAUAUGUAAAAGACCUAGGCAUGAAUUAAAAUGACCCUCCCAUGAUGGUUCACUCCCUCCAGGGGGGUCAGAACUGAAGGGAGAGUAUCUGGGGCAUAUAAUGGGAGGUAGCAGAUACUAGAUACUGCAGUUAAUACUCAACGAAAAAAGUGGAAAAAAUACGAAUUUAAAUACUGAUUUACAACAAAUUUUUAUUUUAUAGUAUUUUUAUUUACUUGUUAUGUUACAAAUAUUAUUUCUAGCAAUUAUUGAAGCUAAUUGGCUCUCCCCAAAGCCAUAAAUUCCACAAAAAGAAGAAAAAAAUAAAUAAAAAAUUCCUACGCAUUACUACACCAUUGCUCGAGGCACUUACGAAAUUUUUUCAAAAUUGCAACAUGUUUCAUCAAGUUAUCGCAAAAAAGGAUAAAAUGUGAGAUUCUAUCUAACAGCGCGACUACUCGCGGGUUAAAGAAGAAGAAGCAAAAAAUACAAAUAAAAUAAAUAUUUCUAUAAUCGAAAAAUAAUUGUAGGAAAAAAGAUAUUAAAAAAAAUCAACCUCGAAUAAGCUCUUCUGGCAUAUUUUUAACAUGAUUAUCUUUUCAGACAAGUACCUAAAUUGAAAGGAAAAAUAUGUCAAUUUUUUGGUAUUGAUCAACCAUUUUCUUGGGGCUAUAAAAUGACGUGAAUUGAGAUAUGACAUAUUACAUUUAUACAGACUAUUACAUCAUUUUCUGAAUAAAUAAAUAAAAAUUUUCACUGCAUCGUUGUACAGCCUACCAUACAUACAUAAUAUUCAUGCUUUAGUACCUUUUUUAUAAUUUUAGUGAUAAUGCCUGCUAUAAUGUCUUAUUAGUUGUAGAUAAUUAUUUAUAUACUUCUGCUGUAAUUAUUUUUUAUAUCGUUAAAUAUUUUGGUCUGAGUAAUUGUUGAUGAAACAUUUCAGCUGACUUAGUAAUUAUUGUUAUAUAUUUAAUAUCGUCCAAUGUUCAUGAUUGGAAAGUGAUAUGUUCAAUUCAAAGCGACUUUUCAGGUAACAUUAAUAAAGAUACUGAAUUCCAAGUUUCAGCUACUAAUAAUUUGAAAAUUAUGCGAAAAAGUCCAAUAAUUUAUCGUAUUUAUAAAUUGUAAUUACAAUUACUUAUGGUGAUGUACAACCUGUUACUGUACAAAACAAUAAACUCCUCCAUAGAAUAUUUUGUGAAAUGAACCAAAAAUUAAUAUCCUUUAAUUUACUGUUUAUAAUUAAUUUUUUCGAAACAAGGUGUUAAAUCAUUUAUUAGAUAACAAAUCUUUAGAUACUUACUUUUAAUAACUGAUCAAUAAAUUGUUAAGUUCC